AUGGAUCUGGAUCACGCCCCGGCGCGCCCGGACCCUGCUGCCUCGUCCCAGCGCCCCGUCGCCGGCGUCGCCCGUCUCCGUCGUCGCCUCCCCAUCUCCUCCCCACGCCGGACCUCCUCGACCUCCUCCCCGACGGCCUCCCCAAGCCACGCUGCGCCCCGUCACCGCUCGCCGUCUCUGGUGCCACCUCGCCGGAGCCACCCCGCCGGAUCGCCGCUCGCCUUCCCCUCACCCGGUCGUCUCCGUCCUCCUCCUCAACCCCCACUGCCUAGACACCACGGCCCCGUGGUGAGGCCCCGGCAUCUCCUCCUCCUCCCCUGCUCGCAACGGCACCCCGCGCCCGACGCCGCCUCUGUCGGCGUGCUCGCCGCGCCCGCUCACACACGCCCGCUCCUCGACGCGCCCGGGGCGCGCCCCGCAACCUCCGCCCGCACGUCCCGCAGCCCCUGCUCGCCGCUGCGCUGCUGCGCGCCCCUCCUCCCGGCUGCGCUCGACCGUCGUUGUCCUAGAUUCUUCCUUCCAGCUCAGACGUCAUUUAAAUAUGAGCUAGAUCUCGACCAAUCAAAUUCCAUCGAUUUCACCUCUAAGCUUACUCAACUUAUCCAUCCUCAAUCAGAACACUUGCUUCUGAUCCCUUAA